AUGUUUUUGUUACAACAACCUUUGCAUUACCACCAACAUACAUCACAACAUCCAUUAAAUCCCCAACCUCCCACAAGUACUUUAUUACAAUCUCCACAUACUUUUGUUCUUCGAAGAUCUGGAGUAAAUAAUCAAAGAAAAUCUCCAAAUAUUUCUGUAGACGAAGUUGAAGUAGAAGGAGGGGGAGGAGGAGAAAAUAAUAGACAAAUAAUAAUAAUUAAUGAAGAUAUUAAUUCUGAAAAUGAGGGGAAAAGAACAAAAAAUUGUUUACAAAAUGAGAAUGAAGGAGAACAAAAUAAUCAAAAUAAUAUUGCUAAAGCGCCUCCUGAAACUUUAGAAUGGAUUAAAGCAAAUUAUGAAUUAGUAGAAGGGGCUUCUUUGCCUCGUAAUAUACUUUACGAGCAAUAUAAAACUCAUUGCAAAGAAUUAGGAUUUACUCAAGUAAAUGCUGCAUCUUUUGGAAAAUUAAUUCGUCAAGUUUUUGAUAAAAAAUUAUCAACUCGUCGUCUUGGUACUAGAGGGAAUAGUAAAUAUCAUUAUAAUGGUAUUUGUUUAAAACAAAAUAGUCCUCUACGUGCUACAAUGAGUGCAGAGGAAUUAGAAAGGAUGAUUAACGGUUCACAACAACCACAUAAAAAUUCUCAACGUUCACAAAGAAAACAACAAUUUAACAAUAAUAAUUUACAAAAAUCAAAAAGAAAAAUUGAAAGAGAAAUAAAUUCAAAUAAUUUAAAUAAUUUUUCUUCUUCCGCAGCAACAUCUCCGUGUGAAGAAAGAGAAGGGUCUAUUAAUAUUGAAUUAGAACAACAAUAUCAACAACAACAAAGGUAUUAA